AUGGCUAAGCUGCUCCUCUUCACGGCGGCUCUGCUACUCUGCGCAGUGUGCGCAAUGUCCGCCAAUCGCUGUCCGGACUGCGGCACCACUCCGGUGCCCUACCCGCUCAGCACCGGAGCCGACUGCGGCGACCAAGAGUACAAGAUUCGGUUCGAUGAGGGCAAACUCAUAUUCGAUUCAGUCAACUCCUCCUACUCCAUCGCAUUCAUCAGUCCUGAAACACAACGGUUAGUGAUCCGGCCGGCAAGCUUCGCCGGUGACACCUGCAUCACCACUGAUUUCCCCAAACAGGGAAUCCAGCUUAACAAUAGCCUUCCCUUCAACGUCACCAGCAGCAACACCAUCAUGUUCCUCAACUGUACCGAAUCACUUUUUCGGUCGCCGUUGAACUGCUCCUCAAUCAGCCUCUGCCACACUUACAUCAACGGCACACAGGACGCAGCAGCGUGCGUGGACGCGCCUAUCUGCUGUACGUUUAAGGCGGGUGGCUCUACGACGGCGUAUUCGAUUCGGGUUCGCGAAUCGGGUUGCAGUGCUUACCAGAGUUUCGUGAACCUGGACCCGAAUGCUCCAUUGGACCGUUGGCCAGAACCGGGCGUGGAGCUCCAGUGGGUGUCACCUAGGGAACCGGUUUGUAGGUCCCAAGCUGACUGCACUGAGGGGAUGAACUCCACUUGUGGGCCGGACCCAGCAACGACUGGGGUGAGCCGGUGCUUUUGCAAAUCAGGACUUUCGUGGGAUUCCAUCGCCGGAUUAUGCGCAUAG